AGCUUUUGCUUCUUGCCCAUUGUCGGGUGGGAGGCACCUCAACAAAUUUUGAAAAGUUCAUGGCGUUGAAGAUACUCUUUCUUCUCCAGGUCCUUUCCACAUAACAACGUAUCUAAAGAGACAGAGAGACAUGUAGGGUGAAUUGUAUUUUUAAGCAUUUUCUUCUGGUUGAAUUUGUUUAUAGAGAGCAACGAAAAGCAAGUAUCCAACAAGAGGGGAAAGAAGCAAUAAGAAAACAAAAACAAAAACAAAGAGGAAAAUGGAAUCUUGAAGAUAAUGAGUUAGAGAAAAAGUUAUUGGAUUGGUGAUUAGUGGUGGGAAUUCGUCUUUAUCGGAUUAUAUAAAGCAGAAGAAAAAAAUGGGUAGGCAACAGUCUUUACGGAGCAAAGCUGCCCACUUUGUAUCCGAUAUUACCACCGUCCUCCUCAACCCUAUUUCCGACAAACCCUCCAAACCCACUUCCAAAUCGCCUGCUCAAUCUGAAGAUGCGAGCGAGUCCAAACGAAGUCAACCUGAGUCAAUUAGUGAAGAGGGUUCUGAAGAUUUAGUUGAUGGACCAGAUACUUCUUCCUUUACUGCAUUCCUGUACUCACUAUUGUCAGCCCCAGAGUCUGAAAUUAAUCCAAACUUGGCCGAGCCAAUUGAUGAUCAAGUGGAAAAGGGUAAUUCAGCAUCUGACUCCAAAAUGAAAGAAAAUGGUGGGAGAAGAAGCUUAAUUUCCAAGGGAAAACAGACACUUGGUAGAGCUAUAUACCAAGCUGCGAGAAUCAGUGGGUAUCGGAAUCAAGAGCGCAAGGCUGAUUCUGACACUAAAGUUGGUAAUGAUAGAGAUGCUAGAUUGGCUGGAGUUGAGAUGAAGCCCGUACAGAAAGUCGAAGAGCCUUUACCUUCACUUGAUCGUCCAGACAUUUCUGAACCCUCAUUGCUUCUCUCAGAAGAUACAAGAACUGCACUUUAUGCUUCACUUCCAGCACUUAUUCAGGGAAGGAAAUGGUUAUUACUAUACAGUACAUGGAGGCACGGCAUUUCACUUUCAACACUAUACAGAAGGAGCAUGCUCUGGCCUGGUCUCACUUUGCUGGUUGUUGGAGACCGUAAAGGUGCAGUAUUUGGUGGCUUGGUUGAGGCACCCUUAAGACCAACCAACAAGAAAAAGUAUCAGGGAACAAAUGAAACAUUUGUUUUCACAGAUAAGCCUGGACAUCCUGUUAUAUUCCAUCCUACAGGUGCAAAUCGGUAUUUCACUGUCUGUGCCAUGGACUUUCUAGCAAUUGGUGGGGGUGGUCACUUUGCACUAUAUUUGGACAGUGAUCUAUUGAAUGGAUCAAGUUCAAACUCGGAAACUUAUGGAAACCCUUGUCUUGCAAACUCUGAAGACUUUGAAGUGAAAGAAGUUGAGUUGUGGGGCUUUGUAUAUGCUUCAAAAUAUGAAGAAAUGCUUGCUUUGAGCCGUACAGAGGCACCUGGAAUUUGUCGGUGGUGAAUGCCUCAUCAAACAUGAACGAAACUUCAUUCUGCUGACCAUCAUCUUUGAAAUGUGGCAGCUGUGGCCACAUUACCAGUGAUGCUGAAUGCUGUAUUAGAUAGCUAACCGAAAAAUGGUCUUUUGUAUAUAUCAACCGCACGUUAAUAUGUUCUGGUCGCUGGAGUGUUGUUAUGUUGGCAACUACAACUUGUUUGCUAUGUAAAUUGCAAGGAACAACUCUGAGUUUGUAUGACCAUUUUUGGGCAGUAAGGUGACUCCUGAGAAGAAUAUCAGUUACAAACAAUGGAUUUUCUUCCCCUCUAUCCUGAAGAAAAAGAAAAAAAAGAUUUUUUUUAGCAUCA